AAAGGUGUACUGCAAGGAUCAGUACAAAUGCGCCGCAAGUAAAACAUGUUUACCACUGGAAUUGGUAUGCGAUGGCUACAGACAUUGCGUACAUGGAGACGACGAACUGUUAUGCGAUUUUACAUGCCCGUACUUGUGCUUUUGUAGCGGGUUGUAUGCAAACUGCAGUGCAACAAAAUUUGAAUUGUCGGCAAUUGAUUUUAUCCCAAAGUCUAUCAGAAAAUUGGAUCUGAGUUUGAACAAAAUGUUAAACACUGUUUUACAACAACCUGCGCUAGAUUUUAUCCUUUUGUCAGUUUUAAAUCUGUCACGAUGUGAUAUAAAUGACUUGUCUAGUAAUGCUUUCAACAGAGUACGGAACCUGCAAUUACUGGAUUUAAGCUUUAACUUGAUUUCAACAUUACAAGAUCGUGUGUUUAGUAGUUUGACUAAGCUUAAAACAUUGCAUAUAUAUGGAAACCAUUACCUGUCUCGGGUAGAUCCCUAUGCAUUUUAUAGUCUUUCUCUUAUUCGUGAAUUGAAUCUAGCAAAUUCGAUGCUUACGAAAAUUUCAGCAAAUACCUUUGCUGGUUUAAGAUUGAAUAGCAUAGAUCUGUCGAAUAAUAGACUAGAAGAUAUAGAAGCAUUUUCGUUCAGUAAUUUAUCAGCGAAUGUUAUAAACUUUGAAGGAAACAUAAUUAAACAAUUUAACAAGGAAACAUUUACUGGAGUGGCAGAUUUGAAAUUGCUUAGAACACCCUCUUUCAAGUUCUGUUGCAUUCGACCAAACUACCUUGAUGAACAUAAUUGUUUCCCGACAAAAGAUGAAUUUUCCUCCUGCGAAGAUCUCAUGCGUCAUUCAGCGCUUCAGUUCUUAUUGUGGUUAUUUGGCGUGUUAGCCCUGUUUGGAAAUUGCCUUUCUUUAAUAUAUAGACUCAAGGUAGAUCGGAAAAGACUCAAGCUUGGUUAUGGAAUAUUCGUAACGAAUUUGGCCGCUGCCGAUUUUCUUAUGGGGGUGUAUUUGUUGAUAAUAGCAAUUGCUGAUGCUGCUUUCAGGAAAAGGUAACUGCAAGUACCGUACAUUGGAGAUGAUUUUGUUUUUGCUGCUUUUUUCAAUGGAAUUGACGAAUUGAAAGUCGUUUACAUAUAUUUUGCCAUUUUAUUUUAUGGAUAUUUGGAGUAUAAAUAAAACUGUCAU